AGCAUGUCCUGAGACGGGAAAAUCGUGGUUUGUAAGUAUCAUAUUUCCGAUGCAGGUCGACGAAAAGUUUCUCCUAAAAUCAGACUUGCUUUUGGGGGGGAAUUUUGGGGGGGGAAGGAAGUUCUUUCCCUUCUAAAAGGACUGGAAGUUUUUCCUCUUGCCCUCCCACCCUCUUCUGGCCCUUGUGUGAAAAGCUCGCGCAGAGAUUGCGAUAUGCGCUACGGUAUACUCUGGAAACAAGAGACGAAUUGGCCCUUCUUGUAUUGUUUCGUAGUGUGCGCCUGGUAACAAGGGGGUUUUUAGACCUUGCAAACAACCUGUGAGUUGAAACAGGAAACCACAAUAACGACAACUUGGUGGUGGUGGUUUGGGCCAAUCCAUGAUAAGAUACCAAGAACUGUAAUUUCAAUGUUACUUCAUGGCCAUCUUUGCGGAAGGUAUUUGUAUCUUGGUGUCAACCAGACAUGCCACUCCAAAGCGAGGUGAAGUUUUGCCGCAAACCUGUCAAAAUGAAGCUUUGGGAUGGCGCCAGAUACCCCCUCUACCAUUUGUUCCGGAAUCAUAGUAAGGGGAUCGAAUUUUACUCAUAGAAUUGGUGAGCGAGCGAGCCACACGCCGCUUUGGAUGAGAAUGUAAGCUGCUUAGCCAACUUCAUCACAUCCCCUCCAGCCUCAUCUUUGCCACUUAUUCAUCCAACCUCAUCGAAACCACACACCCUACUUGAACCAAGACCGCGCAGUACCGGUAUCAUAGGUGCAGUCGUGCAGUAAAUUUACGAUUUCCUUGAUCACUGCCCCCCUCCCCCUCCUUCUCACUUACCCUCCUUCUAUCAAUCCGCACUUCCCCCCCCCACACCCUUCCCUCCUUUUGCAGUCAGCGCUGUCUUAGGAGACUGUUCAUUCGCUCUAACCGCGCCUUACCUCUUCCCCUUCAGUUCUCUGCUAUCCAUCUUUUCCCGUUCCUUUUUUUUUUGUUGCCCCUGCCUGCUUGUACUUGUACUGUACCACGAGUAUUCCAUCGUCUCGCCCGAAUCCGCCCCGGAAAGGAGUGACGACGACUACGACAACAACACCCCCGACUUGCUUUAGAUCACCUGUCAUUCCUUUCUCUACGGUAUCUUCAAGCACUACAAACGCCUCAAACUGAGAUUUCCGGUCGGCUCUUUGCGGCGAGGAUUUGAUCUCUUGUGUGCCCACCGGUUUUCCACGACAAACGGGAUCCCGACCCCUCGAGCGAUCAGCCCGUGCCACCACAACCCUUCGCAGUCGCUAAGCUAACUAGUUUCUCUGCGCUCAUGUCGAAAGUCAUUAGAACCGUCAAGAAUGUCACUAAAGGCUAUUCUUCGACACAGGUCAAAGUUCGAAAUGCUACAAGCAAUGACCUAUGGGGUCCUACAGGGACAGAAAUGAGUGAUAUCGCUCGCAUGACUUUUGAAACAACACAUGAAUUCUUCGAGAUCAUGGACAUGCUGGAUAAGCGGUUAAAUGAUAAGGGGAAGAAUUGGAGACAUGUUUUGAAGGCGCUGAAGGUCCUGGAUUAUUGUUUACAUGAGGGCUCCGAACACGUUGUCGUCUGGGCGAAGGAUAACAUCUACAUUAUCAAGACCCUAAGGGAGUUUCAAUUUAUUGAUGAGGAUGGAAGGGAUCAGGGUUUGAAUGUCCGAAUAUCCGCGAAAGAGCUCACCUCUUUGAUCAUGGAUGAGGAUCGCCUGCGCAAUGAGCGUAAAGACCGCAAGGCCAGCCUCCUCGCCAAGAGGUGGAACGAAGGCACAAGCAGCAGGCAAGAUGAAGAGGAUUUGGAAUAUAGGCUUGCGAUUGAAGCAAGCAAGAACCAGGCUGAGGAGGACAAGAAACGGAGUGCAAACAAACAACCUGACCUUGACGACGAUCUGGCGAAAGCCAUCAAAUUAAGCAAGGAAGAAGAGGAGCUUAGGCAGAGGGAGCUGGAGCAGAACAAUGCGGAUUCCUUGUUUGAUGAUGCCACCCCCACUCAAUCACAACCACAGACAUUCCAGCCAGCCGGGUACCAACCGCAACAAUACCAGCAACUUGAUCAAGUGGAUUUUUUCGGGAAUCCCGUCGGUCAAGCUCCGUUGCAGCAGCAGAAUACUAGCUAUCUAGCAAAUGUAUACUCGAACCCGACCGGAUUUCCCCAGCAACAAUUCCCACAGCCAACUGGAUAUGACCAAUCUCAGGCGCAGUUUAGUGUCUCCCAGGCCAACCCCUAUGCUCCGCCUCCUUCCUCGAGCCCUCAGCAGACAAGCUUCCUGCAGCCCGGUGAUAACAACCCUUACGCCAAUGGCCCGGCUGCUCAACCUCUCCAGCCCUUGCCCACUGGCUCUAAUAAUCCAUUCGCUCCAAAGAUGAACAACUUCAACGCUGCGACGGUUCCACCUCAGCAGCAAGCCCAGGCCUACAAACCCCCCUCUUUCCCCAACCCGCCUAUGCAAAAUGAGAAGCCGAUCAACCCACAGCACGCCCACUUGGAAAGUCUUCUCGCAGCAGGUAACGACAACGGGCUGGACACAUACGGGAAUGUGGGCAACCUCCGUAUCCCAGCUCAACAUACUGCUCCUGGAACAUUUGUAAAUUCCGCUGGCACAUCUCGCACCGGUCGACCACUCGCUGCCCAGAGCACGGGAACGAACCCGUUCUUUAACCAGCAGUUCACGGGGGUUCCACACUCUGCGGGGUUCGGGAGUUCCCUCUCCCCGCAACCGAACAGGCUCCUGCCUUCCCACACCGGUCCUGCCGGUAUGAACGGGUAUGGCACUAGCAGUUUUGGCCAACAGCAGCAACCGAAUCCAUACCCUACCGGCUUUGGCCAACCGCAGCAACAACAGCAAGGUGGGAAUUUGAUCGACCUGUGAUCUGCUUAUCACACUAGUUGCCUGGAUUGUAUGAUUGAGAUUGUGGGGGGGAAUUAUUGGGUGUUGGCUUUUGCGGGUAUUGCAAGUAUCGGAGGCGAGGGAGUAGGGAAUGGUAAAUGGGUUCAAGGUUACUGCAAUGCGCAGACGGGAAGGAAAGGGUGGAAAUAGAGCUUUUUGUGAGGGUGAAGCCAUGUUCUGUAAUGAAGUUUUUUUUUUUACUUUUUUUACCUAACUUUUUUCUCUUCUCUUCUUUCUUUUUCUUUCCCUAUUUCUCUUUACCUGUUCUACUUCUCUACUUCUCACUUACCGUUGAGGAGCCGGUUAGAUGCGUUAAUAGCCACAGGAGAGAAGAAAAAAGGGCCAGGAGACUUAUUUAAGUUUUGAUCAUUCCCUAGCUAUAUUUGCCUUGCUUACUCACCUCGAAUUAGUUUCUUGUAAGCGGAUUUGCUUGUUGAUUGGUUGUUUUUCCCUCCUUACUUCCCUUCAACCGCGGAAAAAAGGGGAAAGAAUUCAGACAGAAUGGAACAAGGGAUAUUUUCUACUUGAUAUCGUGUAUUUCUUUUUGUGAUUUUCUAUCAGUUUAUUUCUGAUCGGGAGCGGCAAGGUUAGAGCAAGUGGUUUUCAAUAAUAUUAUUGUACUGUAUAGGAA